AUGGGGACCGCGCUCCGGCUCGCCCUGCUGGUCUCCCUGGCGUGCGCGCGGGCCGCCCUCGACCCGGAGCCGCCGGGGGGCUCCGGCGCCGCCCCGGCGGCCGGGGGAGCGGGUCCCUCGGGCGGAGGGGGGUGGCCGCCUUCCCCGCCGCCCCCGUCCCCACCUCCCUGGGGGCGAGGAGAGGAGGAGGAGGAUGCCAACGAGCUCAGCUCCUGGGCGGCGGCCAACGCCACCGGGGUCCAGCCCACCUUGCCCCCCCGGGCCGACCCCGCCGCCGGGGGGACUGCGGGGAGCCCGACCCCCGCCCCCCCUUCGCCGCCCCCCUCUCCCCCUCCGCCGCCUCCCUCCCCGACAGCCCGAGAAGGAGCGACCCGCAGCAUCCCCGGCAGCAUCAGCACCACGGCGACGCCUCCCGAGGAUGAGGACGAUCUGGUGGGCCACAGCGGCACAGACUUUUUCUGUAACUGCAGUUUGGUCGGGAGCACGGGCCUGAACGACUGCAACGCGACGACCGGGCAGUGCGGGUGCCACAAGGGCUACGCCGGCCAGCGGUGCGACAGGUGUGAGGCCGGCUACUAUCCCGAGACGAGCAGCGGGCGCUGUCUCGCCUGUGGCUGCCAUCCCGCGGGCGCGGUCUCCUCUUCCUGUGACAACUCUGGAAGAUGUCUGUGCAAAGCUGGCGCAACGGGUCCGAAAUGUGUCGAAUGUCAAGCAGGGUAUUCCAAGUUCAACAAAAGCAUUUGCGAACCAUGUUGGUGCAAUAACCAUUCCAAGAACUGCAAUCGCGAGACAGGCACUUGUCUGGACUGUCAAGGAAACACUGAAGGUGCUUAUUGUGAAAAAUGCAAAGACCAGACCUACCAAAAUAUCUCACAUCGCCAUGAGUGUCUCCGGUGUCCCUGCUCCACAGUGUUUUCCACUGGCAGCUGUCGAAUAAAGUCUGGUCACCACAUCCCAACCUGUGACAAGUGUAAACCUGGCUACACGGGUGCCCUCUGCACCCAGUGUGACAAUGGCUACUACAACUCUGACAGCAUCUGCAUAAAAUGUCAGUGUAAUGGGAACGUUGACCCAGCCCGAUCACCGCGAGUCUGCAAGCCAGACACGGGAGAAUGCGUCGGCUGCCUUUACCACACGGCUGGGUUUCAUUGUGAAACGUGUCGGGAGGGUUACGUGAGGAAUCCCGAGGGAGGAAACUGCACCAAGAAAGAACCCAUUUCUGGUCCAGAAGGCAGAGGACUCGUCCCUCCGUCUCCAAACAUCAGCGUGGCUACAGCUUUCCCAACGAUAGCCAUCAACACCACGUUAAUCCAGACAACGGUACUGUCCGUUUUCCCCAUCGGCUCCUCCGACAACAGCACCUCGACUUUGGCCGACGUCUCGUGGACCCAGUUCAACAUCAUCAUUCUUACGGUCAUCAUAAUUUUGGUGGUUCUGCUGAUGGGCUUUGUGGGUGCCGUCUACACGUACCGCGAAUAUCAGAACCGGAAACUGAACGCUCCCUUCUGGACCAUUGAGCUCAAGGAAGACAAUAUCAGCUUUAGCAGCUACCAUGACAGCAUUCCCAAUGCAGACGUCUCAGGCUUGUUGGAGGAUGAUGGGAAUGAGGUGGCGCCCAACGGUCAGCUGACGUUAACCACGCCCAUGCAUAACUACAAAGCGUAA